GAGAAAGAGAAAAAUCUGGAAAUGAAGGAAUCCCAGCUAAACUCAAUCUGUUCCAGAUUUAUUUAAUCACGCUUAUACAUACCACAAAAAACCUUCAUAAAUCACAGAGAGAGCCAAAUCGCUGUUGAUAAUGGCCGCUUCGAACGGGAUGGAGUUUUUCUCCGGCGAUUUGGAGGCGCAGAUGGAUAACAACUUCCCGAGACUGUCGAAUUUCGAGUACGCGUAUGACGAGGAGGAACUGAUGUGGGCGGCGAUCGAGAGGUUGCCGUCCCAGAAACGCCGGAAUUUCGCGCUACUGAAUCGCGCGGCGGCGUCACAAACGGCCGCCGGAAGGGAGAUCACCGAGGCCGUUGAUGUGCGGAAGCUUGAUCGCGCCACACGCGAGCUAGUCGUCAAGCAAGCCUUGGCGACUUCCGAACAGGAUAAUUACAAGCUCCUUGCCGCCAUUAAGGAUCGCCUCGACCGAGUGGGAUUGGGCGUGCCGAAAGUUGAAGUUCGUUAUCAGGAUGUAACAAUUGGAGCAGAUGUUCAAAUUGGUUCAAGAGCUUUGCCAACUUUAAUCAACUGUGUUCGUGACACACUCGAGAGCAUGUUGAGAGGAAUACGAGUCUUUCGACCAAAGAGGCACAAACUAACCAUCUUGAACAACAUAAGUGGUGUCAUCAAACCUGGAAGGAUGACACUUCUUCUUGGACCACCGGGUUCGGGUAAGACAACGCUACUUAAGGCAUUAGCCGGGAAACUCGAAACAGAUACAAGCUUAAAGAAAAGCGGGAUUAUUACAUACAACGGCCAGCGGCUUGAUAGCUUCUGUGUCCAAAGAACCUCCGCUUACAUAAGUCAGACAGAUAACCACAUCGCCGAGCUAACUGUGCGAGAAACUCUAGAUUAUGCUGCCAGAUUCCAGGGUGCAGACCAGAGUUUAGGAGAGUAUAUGAAAGAUCUUACGUAUCUAGAGAAGGAAAGAAAGAUACAUCCCAAUCGUCACAUUGAUGCAUUUAUGAAGGCAUCAUCAGUUAGCAGUGGAAAACACACUGUGUGUACAGAUUAUAUUUUGAAAGUACUUGGUCUUGACAUUUGUUCAGAUACGCUAGUUGGUAAUGAGAUGCUUAGGGGUGUUUCAGGUGGACAAAGGAAGAGAGUUACAACAGGAGAGAUGAUUGUUGGGCCAAGAAAGACUCUGUUUAUGGAUGAAAUAUCUACUGGACUUGAUAGCUCCACCACAUACCAUAUUGUGAAGUGCAUAAGGAAUUUUGUUCAUCUAAUGGAAGGAACCGUCUUAAUGGCUCUUCUUCAGCCUGCCCCAGAGACAUUUGAUAUGUUUGAUGAUCUGGUUUUGCUUUCUGAAGGACAUGUAGUGUACCAUGGUCCACGCGAUAGUGUGGUUGAGUUCUUUGAGUCGUUAGGUUUUGAACUACCACCUCGUAAGGGGAUUGCAGAUUUUCUUCAGGAGGUGACUUCAAGGAAAGACCAGGCACAAUACUGGGCUGAUCAUUCAAAACCAUAUGUUUUUAUUGCAGUUUCAAAAAUUGCUGAAGAAUUUAGAAAUUCCAGAUAUGGUCAGGCCUUGGAGUCUUAUCUGUCAGGUCCUUAUGAAGGAACUGGUGCCCAUCAUUCAGCUCUCUGUGCUAAAAGGUUUGCAGUUUCUAACUGGGAGCUCUUCAAAGCAUGUUUUUCCAGAGAACUGCUUCUCAUUAAAAGACACAGAUUUCUUUACACUUUCAGAACUUGCCAGGUUGCAUUUGUGGGAUUUGUGACUUGCACAAUGUUCUUAAGAACCCGGUUACACCCCACUGAUUUGGUCAACGCAAAUCUGUACCUCUCUUGCCUAUUUUUUGGUCUGGUGCAUAUGAUGUUCAAUGGAUUUUCUGAGAUGCCUAUUACAAUUUUCCGAUUACCAGUGUUCUAUAAGCAAAGAGAUAAUCUUUUUUAUCCUGCCUGGGCCUGGUCUAUCUCUUGUUGGGUUACACGCAUACCUUACUCAGUAAUUGAAGCAGUUAUAUGGUCUUGUGUUGUAUACUAUACUGUAGGAUUUGCUCCUGGUGCGGGAAGGUUUUUCCGCUAUAUGUUAGUCCUUUUUUCCAUACAUCAGAUGGCAUUGGGCCUCUUUCGCUCGAUGGCAGCUCUUUCACGAGAUAUGGUCAUUGCUAGUACAUUUGGCUCAGCUGCCUUGCUAGCUAUAUUCUUAUUGGGUGGUUUUAUAAUCCCUAGAGAUAUGAUAAAGGGAUGGUGGGUUUGGGCUUUUUGGGUAUCACCAUUAUCCUACGGGCAACGAGCAAUAUCUGUCAAUGAGUUCACGGCAACAAGAUGGAAUGAGAGGACUACUUUAGGAAAUAUUACUCUUGGAAACAGCCUUUUGCAAUCACACAGCUUACCUGCAGGUGGGUAUUGGUAUUGGCUGGGAGUUGGUGCUCUACUGCUCUAUGCCUUGUUUUUCAACAUCAUAGUGACAUUGGCAUUGACGUUUCUUAACCCGAUCAGAACAUCUCAGGCAUUCGUAGAAGAAAAUUCAGCUAGAAAGGAUGGUAAAAAUGGAAACCAUGAUUUUUAUGGUCAGUUGGUUAUGAGUGAACAGACUCCUUUAAAUGAUUGUGUACUUGUCUUGAAUUGUAGCGGAAAACAGGGCGAACAUACAAGAGAUAGACCAGGCCCAGGCAGGAAAUAAUAAUUCAAAUUCCGUAACCAGAAAAGAUGCAAGUAAAAAGAAAGGGAUGAUUCUCCCAUUUCAGCCGUUAACAAUGACUUUCUACAAGGUCAAUUACUUCGUCGACAUGCCAAAGGAAAUGACCUCACAAGGUGUAACAGAAAAGAGGUUGCAAUUACUGUCUAAUGUUAGUGGAGUUUUCUCACCUCGCAUUCUUACAGCAUUAGUUGGGGAAAGUGGGGCAGGGAAAACCACUUUGAUGGAUGUUCUAGCCGGCAGGAAGACUGGUGGAUGGAUAGAAGGUGACAUUAGGAUAUCGGGUCACCCAAAAGAACAACAAACGUUUGCAAGAGUUUCAGGAUAUGUUGAACAAAAUGACAUACAUUCUCCUCAAGUUACAGUUUUUGAAUCCCUCUGGUUUUCUUCUUACCUAAGGCUUCCCAAAGAAGUGAAUAAUAAACAGAGAAAGGAGUUUGUUGAAGAAGUGAUGGAGUUAGUCGAGCUAGAUACACUGAGGAACGCUAUUGUCGGUUUGCCAGGCACUAGUGGCUUAUCCACAGAACAAAGAAAACGUUUAACAAUUGCUGUGGAACUUGUAGCGAACCCAUCCAUAAUUUUUAUGGAUGAGCCUACAUCAGGACUUGAUGCUCGUGCAGCAGCUAUUGUCAUGCGGGCCGUUCGUAAUACUGUUGACACUGGAAGAACUGUGGUAUGCACCAUCCAUCAGCCGAGUAUUGAGAUUUUUGAAGCAUUUGAUGAGCUGCUUCUUAUGAAACGAGGUGGACAAAUGAUAUAUGGAGGAAAGCUCGGGGAGCAGUCACAAACUAUGAUAAACUACUUUCAGAGUAUGCCCGGUACUCCACCAAUCCCUCCUAGUUACAACCCUGCAACUUGGAUGCUUGAGAUCACUACCCCUGCUGCAGAAGAGAGAAUAGGUCAAGACUUUGCAGAAUUAUAUAGAAAUUCAGAACAGUACAGGGAAGUUGAAGCUUUGAUUGAGAGUUUCAGUGUUCCACCUGCAAAUUCAGAACCUUUAAAAUUUGACUCGAUCUAUUCUCAAGACACGUUCUCUCAGUUUAGAAUCUGCCUCUGGAAGCAAAACAUUGUAUACUGGAGAAGUCCUGCCUACAAUGCAGUGCGUAUUUUUUUCACUCUGCUGAGUGCACUCAUUAUUGGCUCUGUAUUCUGGGAUGUUGGUUCAAAAAGGGACUCGACACAAAAGUUAAUGGUGGUAAUGGGAGCUCUGUAUACAGCUGCUUUAUUUCUAGGGGUCAACAAUUCAUCAUCUGUACAACCAAUAGUUUCUAUAGAGAGAACAGUUUUCUACCGAGAAAGAGCAGCUGGGAUGUAUUCAUCUCUCCCAUAUGCAGCUGCUCAGGGCCUGGUUGAGAUUCCAUAUAUUCUAGCGCAGACAAUAAUCUAUGGCAUCAUUACAUAUUACAUGAUCAACUUUGAAAGGACAAUAGAGAAGUUUUUACUCUAUCUAGUGUUCAUGUUUCUUACUUUCACCUACUUCACAUUUUACGGCAUGAUGGCGGUCGGGCUCACAUCAAACCAGCAAACUGCAGCCGUCAUGUCCUCUGCAUUCUACUCAUUGUGGAAUCUUCUAUCUGGCUUUCUUGUUCCUAAACCUAGCAUUCCUGGGUGGUGGAUAUGGUUAUACUACAUCUCCCCAAUCUCCUGGAGCCUGCGGGGGAUCAUCUCAUCUCAACUUGGGGAUGUAGAAACAGAGGUGGUGGGUCCAGGGUACAAAGGUACGGUGAAAGAAUAUUUGCGGGUCAGUCUUGGGUAUGGGCCUGGGAUGAUUGAGUGGUCGGCCCUGAUACUUGUCGGGUUCAGCAUCCUCUUCUUUUCUGUCUUUGCUGCAUCUGUGAAGUUCCUAAAUUUCCAACGGAGAUGACGAUGAGGAUGAGAAUGACAUUUUUGCACUUAGUGUAGCAUGUCAGCCUAGUUGAGAUGGUAUUUUAUUCUUUUAGUAGGAGUAACUAAAUCAAAUAUUAGGGAGAAAACAUGUUUAGUUAUGUUUUAACAUUGUAUUCAUGUUUUAGUUUUAGUUUGAGCAAUUUCUUGAUAUUUUAAUGGUGAUAUCUAGUACUCGGUACUCCUAUGUAUGAUGAUCUGGUUCUGAUUGAGACCGUGUUUGGCAACUUGAAUUCUAAUGCAGU